AGAGUACGCCAUCUUUGUACACUUCCGGCGCCAUCCUUUUCCUCUAAUGGUAGAAACAUGACGGGGUUUAGUGAGAAGGCCAUUCUGAUCGAUGGCAGAGGCCAUUUACUUGGUCGUCUUGCAGCAAUAGUGGCAAAAACACUAUUGGAAGGAAACAAAGUGAUUGUUGUGAGAUGUGAACAAUUAAACAUCUCAGGAAAUUUUUACAGAAAUAAACUAAAAUAUUUAUCGUUUCUUCGUAAACGUUGCAAUGUAAACCCAGCGCGUGGCCCUUUCCACUUUAGGGCCCCUUCGAGGAUUUUCUGGAAGACAGUCAGGGGUAUGUUGCCACACAAGACAGAACGUGGGAAGCAAGCUUUGCGCCGGUUGAAGACUUACGAAGGUGUGCCUCCACCAUAUGACCGCAGGAAACGUGUCGUAGUCCCUGGGGCCCUCCGUGUGAUUUGCUUGAAACCAGGCCGCAAGUUCUGUCACGUGGGACGCUUGUCUCACGAAGUGGGGUGGAAAUACCAAUCGGUGGUUCGCACACUUGAGUCUAAACGCAAAGUUAAGGCUGUCCUUAGUAUCCGUAAACGUGACAAGCUCAAGAAGCUUACAAAAGAGGCCUCAGCUAAGGUCACUAAACAAGUGGCUCCAUUCACAGCUGUCAUUAACUCUUAUGGUUAUAAUUAAGGACGUUUAUUAAAAAAAAGUGACUUUGA